AUGAAAUUGAACAAUAAUCUUUUAACACUUAAAUAAAUAACAGAAUUAGAAUGUAAAAUUACAAAAGAUUAUCUUAUUUAUAAAGAAGAAGAAUAUUCUGAUUAAUAUUCAUAGAUAGUAGUGAUUAAAUCUAAUAGAAUAAUAAUAGUUACUUAAAUAGAAUAGGGUUGUAAAAUAAAUUUAUCAAAGAAACAAAAUGAAAAUAGUUAAUUAGAAUUGAGUUUUAAAGAACACUAAAUUUUAUUGAAUGUAAAAUUGUUUAUUCAUUUAGAUUAUUGACCUUAAAACCUAUAAUGGAUUAACUAUUAUCUCUUAAAUCUUUUAUUCUGUCUAAGAAUUUUACGAUUCUAACAGUUUGUAAUAGAAGUAGUAAUAUAUUCUGUUGGAAUCCAACAUGUACAUAUGCUUGUGA